UUGUACAUGUUGGUGGCAUGUCCACUUGUGUCCUUCGUAUUUCCUUCCAUCUAUCAUGUGGUGUGGCUAAUGGCUUCAACGCUCCCAACUGGAUCCCCAAAUUCCCCAAGCCCACUACAUUAUUCCUUCAAAGUUUCCCUAUAAAAUCCCCCAAUAUCCCAAAAUAUCCUCUUAACACUCCUCUUUCAACACAGCUUGCUUGUUCAAAAAUGGCCUCUCAUUUUAUUAACCUUUUCCUCACCUCCUUACUUGUUCUUCUUUUCCAAAUCUCCCCUUCCACAUCUCUCACAUGCUCCUCUCAGACUUUCUCAGCUAACACUCAUUUCACCAAUUGCACUGAUCUUCCUUCUCUCAAAUCUUUCCUCCAUUGGACCUUUGAUUCAACCAAAUCCACUCUCUCUGUUGCCUUCAUUGCUUCUCCAGCUUCCCCUGAUGGCUGGAUUGCUUGGGGUAUUAACCCUGUUUCCCCAGCUAUGCUUGGCACACAAUCCCUUAUAGCAUUCAAAGAUCCCAAAGGAUCCAUGGUUGUUAAGACAUACAAUCUUACUUCUUACAAAUUAAUUACAGAGUCCAAGCUUACGUACAACGUUUUGGAUUCCAAAGCAGAGUCAUCUGAUGGGGUCAUGAAAAUCUUCGCCACUUUAGAGUUACCGGCAAAUAUGAAGACGGUGAAUCAGGUGUGGCAAGUGGGAUCGACAGUGAAAGAUGGAAUGCCGGGGAUGCAUAAGUUUGACCCUGACAAUUUGAAAUCUAAAGCUACUCUGGAUUUGACUACUUUGGCUGCUGGUGAUGGAAAUAAGAAACCAAAUGCUACUUCUUCUUCUGCUAGUAGUGGCCAAAGUGGAAAUGAAACUGGAGGAUCUUCAAAAAUUUUGAACACUCAAACCACUUUUUUCGCCCUUUUCUUCUUCCUCGGAGUUGCAGCUAUAAUUUAGAUGUGGUUCAAGUUAUUGCCCUUUCUUCUUCCUCUUCAGUUUCGCCCAUAUAAUAACGACUGUUUAAUUAGUGGUAGUGCUCAAGGAAAUAUUCCAAAUUUAUGUUUGAUUGUAGUAUACAUUUUAUAAUAAUGUUCCUUUUCAUUAAUCUGUAGAAACUAAAAUUUCAUAUUAUAAACUCAUUUGCGUGUUAUAAUUUGA